AUGGAGAUCAGAUUUUUGAGACAGGCUCAAGAUGAGAGUGAGGCCGUGAGAGAAGCCAUUACUGUUAUCAGAGGGAAAUCCGAAGAAAAGAAGCGCAACUUUGUGGAGACUCUUGAGCUCCAGAUCGGUCUGAAGAAUUAUGACCCUCAAAAGGACAAGCGUUUCAGUGGAUCUGUCAAGUUACCACACAUUCCCCGCCCUAAGAUGAAGAUCUGCAUGCUCGGAGAUGCCCAGCACGUCGAGGAGGCUGAGAAAAUGGGGCUAGAUCAGAUGGAUGUGGAAUCUCUAAAGAAGCUUAACAAAAACAAGAAGCUCGUCAAAAAGCUUGCGAAGAAAUAUCAUGCUUUCUUGGCUUCUGAAUCUGUUAUUAAGCAGAUUCCUCGUCUUCUUGGUCCUGGUCUCAACAAGGCAGGCAAGUUCUCGCUACAGCUAAUUGUCCCAUGUUCUCUCUCGAGCCCUAUUUUUAACAGAAAAUUCCCAACGCUUGUGAGCCACCAAGAAUCGUUAGAGUCGAAGGUGAAUGAAACAAAAGCUACAGUCAAAUUUCAGCUGAAGAAGGUUCUGUGCAUGGGAGUUGCAGUUGGAAACCUUUCCAUGGAAGAGAAGCAGAUCUUUCAGAAUGUCCAGAUGAGUGUCAACUUCCUAGUCUCUCUCUUGAAGAAAAACUGGCAAAAUGUGAGGUGUUUGUACCUCAAGAGCACCAUGGGACCACCACAAAGAAUCUUCUGA